CUUCUGUUUUAAAUACAGCAGAAGUUUGUUGUUGUUUUGGUCGAUUUUUUUACCCCAUUUUUUUUUUUUUUGCAGCGCCGGAGGACAAAUGCAUAAAUGUAGGCGACAGCUGCAGCCUGUACAUUGUCGGAUGUUUACACCUUAUCGUGCCCGUCUUCGUUUAGCGGAGGAGGAUGACAGCUACAGGUUCCCGUCUUCCUCUCCCCUCGCUGCGCCUCUUGGUGCCACCUCUGCAGCUGAUGACAGCGUCCAUGUGGCAGGUGGUGAAGCAGCAAGAUGUCGAUAACUACUGGAAGGUGGCCGACUUUGUCUCCUUGGUGACGGACAUGGUCCCGGAGCUGCUGGCGCACAACCACGGCACUCAGCUCAAUCUGGGAUUAAGAGCCAGGUAUAUCGUCGAGUUGUGCCGUAGUGAGCUGGUGGAGCCUGACUUUGUCUUAUCUCACCUGGACAAGAUUAAACCACCGAGCGACACGCUGGAAGAUAUAAAUGAGCUACAAGUGGAGGCUCAUUUCCUUGAGCUGAUCCAGACGCUGCUCAAAGACCCCGAAGAGAGAGAAAACUUUUUUUUGGAGGUCUUCCCUGUCGAGUACGGGCCACAGUAUGACAGUGACUUGCAGACUCUGUUUUGGGAAUUUGUCUGUCGCCUCGCUCAACUGCUGCCGGUUCCUGAUCUCGAGCAGACCGUGUCAUGGCUUGGAGCUGCUUGUUCACUCUUGGAGGAUUGUGUGCUUUCAGUCAGUGAACCCACAAACCUGAGGAACUUGCUUCAGCACCACAAACACCUGGGGCAUUUGGAGCAACACGUUCCCCCUUCUGCUAUGGGCGAAGGCAUCCUUUCUUCCCUGUCUGCGGUUCCCCCCAGUAGGAGGGCAAAAACCACAGAGGAAACCAACGCAGACAGCCAAUCAGAUCCACUGCAAGGCCUCGGAGAUGACCUGCACACUGUAUCAUUCGUGGACGACGUAGCGGUGGAAAUCAUCACGGUGACGGAUUACGCAGAGGUUGAACUGGGCACAAGUGCGAACAUGGAGGUGGUGAUGGGAGAAAGCUGCUUUGAAGGGACGGACGUCAGCGUUGUGGCUGAAGAGCAGAUGGUAAUCAUUCCUGAAGAGGCUGUAGAGGAAAUGAGGGCUGAAGCAGGCGAUGAAGUGACUCUAGAACAGACCGAGAGCGGUCUGACAAACCUAAUAGACGCAGAAGGAACUGAGGAAGACUCGGCAGCAUCCCAACACAAAGCCUCCUCCGGACCUCACGUCUGCUUCGCCUGCAAGAAGAGAUUUAAGUUUGCGUCUUCGCUGAUCGCCCACAGGGUCAUCCACACCGGCGAGCGCCCGCACCGCUGCGGCGAGUGUGGCCGCUGCUUCUCUUUCAGACAGUCCCUGGACAGGCACAGACACACGCACAAGACCGCGAAAAAAUUCGACUGCAGCAUCUGUGGCGAAACCUUCCAGUCUCUGUCCGCCCGAACGGAGCACAAACAAAAGCACAUGGAGGACGGCGCGUACACCUGCCUGCGGUGCAACAAGAGGUUCAACUGGGAGCUGGCGCUUGUGAGACACAUGAAGACCCACACAGAUGAUGACGCCUCAAAACCUGCGACCAGCGCCAAGGCUGAGCAGGUGGUCGUCACGAGUGAAGAAGAAGUCAGAGAGGCGGAGGUUCCUAAAUUGGACAGCAAAAUGAAAGUGGGGGAUGGAGAAAACGGCAACUCAGAGGAAGCAGAGGGUCAGAAUGGAGACCAGCCCACCUCUGAGCCCGGAGCCGAGGUCCCGGAACCUGCAGUCGAGAUGGUUCCUUCGGUUAAGGUUCGCACCAGCGGGCGCAAACGCAAACCCACCAUGAAGAUCCAGGUGAUAAAUUUGCAAAAGCGCAUUGGGAAAUUUUCAGCUGCCACAACGAGGCCGGCGGCCAUGGUGAAGCCUACAGCUGUGAAGCCGCUGCCUUUCAACAGUGCAGAACACUCGUACGGGUCACCCGUGGUCUCAGCAAAGCAAGGUGAUGAAGGUUCUGUGGCAGAUGGGUCAUCGCCUACUUUCUCCUGUCCCAAGUGCUCCUUCAGUCACGUGGAUGAGGUGCAGGUCCAGCAGCACAUCGAAAAGGUUCACUCUGACGAGGCUGAGGACGACAAGUUGUGCCUCCAGCCCGCUGCAGACGAGGACGGACGCUUCGGCUGUCCGGACUGUGAAAAGACCUUCAAGUUCCAGUCUUUACUGAAAGCCCACCGGCGGAUCCACACGGGCGAGCAGCCGUACCUCUGCGCUCAGUGCGGCCGCCGCUUCUCCUUCAAGCAGUCGCUGGAGAGGCACAAGCAGACGCACAAGGACGGCCGCAAGUACGAGUGCCUGAUCUGCGGGGAGCUCUUCAAGUCCCUCGCCACCCACAGGGAACACAAGAGCACCCACAUGGAGAACGGCGAGUACCUGUGCUCCCGGUGCGGACGGGCCUUUGCGUGGAAGUCCGCGCUGGUGCGGCACCUCAAGACGCACGGGGAGGACGCCGACAAGAUGGAGCGUCCGUACAAAUGUCCGCACUGCGACCUGGGCUUCAGCUGCGCCAGCUACCUCAACAGACACCUGCAGACCCACCAGGAGGAGAGACUGCACACCUGCAGCUGCGGGAAGACCUUCGCCUACAAGGCCGCGCUCACAGCACACCAACGCAUCCACCAGAAGGAGCGGCCGCACCAGUGCGCGCAGUGCGGCAAGGGCUUCCUGUACAAGGGCGGCCUGCUGAGCCACAUGAAGAUCCACUCGUCAGAGAUGCCCUUCAUGUGCUCCUUCUGCGGAAAGAGCUUCAAAAGGGAGCGCAACAUGAAGAAGCACGAGCGCUGCCACACCAGGGAGAACGUGUUCAGCUGCUCCCAGUGCGACAAGAGCUUCGUCUACAAGGCCACUCUGAUCAGACACGAGCUGACGCACUCGGGCGAGAGGCCCUUCCUCUGCUCCGACUGCGGGAAGGGCUUCUUCUCCCACGCCGAGCUCCUCAAGCACGAGCGUUUCCACACGGGACACAAGCCCUUCCAGUGCCCCCACUGCGAGAAGAAGUUCACGCAGUCCUGCUACCUGACCAUUCACCUGCGCUACCACACCGGCGUGCGGCCGUACUCCUGCGGCGAGUGCGACAAGAGCUUCCUGAGCGCCAACCGUCUGAAGAGACACCAGCGAACGCACACGGGCGAGAAACCGUACCUCUGUGUCGAGUGCGGGAAGGGAUUCAAGCAGUCGUACCACCUCAAAGUGCACCAACGGACACACAGCGUCAAGUUUACAUAGACGAAGCAAAGCCGCAGCUUAGUUACGUGGUGGUUAUUAGAUUAAAAAUUUUAAAGCACCAGAUUACAGAUGAUAGAAACACUGUGGUAAGAUCAGAUUUUGGUGUCUUGUUUAAGAAUUACUCCUUAAAGUUGAACUCCAAUUAGGACAAUACCAGUGAUUCUGCAUGUUUAGCAUAAUAUAUACAAAUGUAGGGGAAAAAAAUCAUGUUUCUGCUGAUCUUUUCUCAAAAGCAGUCCAAUUUUACAACUCCAAUACCAUCUGGCGAAAAAUAGUCCCCCUUGAAACGUUGAAUCAUGAAUCAUUGCUAAUGUGGUGUAUGAAUGCUGACGAGUGUGUUGGAAAAAGCAAAACAUUAAAAGGCGGAUGUUUUCUACAUGGAUGGAUUUCGAUUCAAUUUUUAGUACCACCAAAUGUGGCUAAAUUAUAGUGAAAGGGCCAAACAUUCAAAAUCACUUGUAAGGUCCUUUCAGCACCGUGUAUCUACUGCUAACCUGCACAUCUAGUGUUGAAACUAUCCCGUCUAGCAGGAACCGUUUCAUGGAGGGAAUGGGCAUCGUCUUUCUCUGUUGUGCUGCAAUUAAAGCGUACAGGAACAAAUGCUUUUUUUUUUUUU